AUGGGAGAGACAUGCUCAAAGACCGCGAAUGCGGCAGCAUUAGAAAAUCGUCGUAUUCAACGAGAAAUUCGUCUUGGAAUUUUGCCAGUAUCGCGUCCAGUCUCACCAUAUACGUCCCCACAAGCAUCGCAAACAACUUUGAGUGCGCGCCAGGUUCAUGGUCCUAUUGGUCAAAGAAAAGUCUCCCCAUCGGAUAACAGGUCACGUGCGUUGUAUACUCUUCCUCGUAGAGGUUUUGAGAAUAGCACUUCUUCUGUUGGGCGUGGACCACAUAAUAAUGCCGUACGAAUAAGUCCUUCAUUGCCCCAUUUUGCUUCUAAUGAGCGUUCACCUAUGCGACCGGGAAUGUGUUUUCCAUCAAAAGCUACACAUCAGCCAAGCGGCACCAUGGGUGAAAACGUACCCAAAAGAUUGCAUUGGUUAAAUAAAAGUGGGAACUUGAAAUCAAACGGUGAUGCCGGGAUGCAUCGAGAUUUUCUAAAAGAGGAUAAAAAAAUCAAACCGGUAAUUAGACAAGCCUUGAAUCUACUAUGUGUGGAGGAGAUAAGGUGCCGAACUGAAAUUUCAAAUGAGGCGACGACACAACUUAAGAAAUUAGAAGAUAAACUUACCUCCAUUGCUGAUUUAGAGUCUAUUCGCGCAUCGGUAUUGGAAAUUAUAAAAUUGCAAACUAAAUCACGUGAGGCUGUUAUUGAACAAGAAUUAACGGAGAGAAAGCUUUUAUUUGUUUGGAUGAACCAAACAGUUGAAGAGGAUAGAUUGAAAGCUCUUAUUGAUGCAACAAAAGAACGGCACCAGAAUUCCGUAUUUGUUUGUCCCACCUCUUCAAGAAGUGGAUCCAGAUUUUUUGCGUCAUAUGAAAGACCACAUUCACAGGCAGUCGAGAUACGAGAAAAGUCACCUUUGGAGAGCAUUGCUUAUCAUGAUCCUUGUAAUAAGGAAGCGACGAAGGAAAAGGAUUUUUUCAAGAACAAGAUUAGUUAUUCAAAACCUGUUUGUUGUCGUAAUGCUUUCAUUGAAGAGGAUGUACAAAGUGACGAUCUCAACCGCAAAAUAGGACGCCAAACUUAUUUGAUGCAUCAAACUAUCCCUUCAUAUUCUUACAAAAAUAUGGAUAUUGUGCCUGAUGUGUAUUCCAGUAAUUUUCGCUUAGGUCGAGAACGUGAUGCCUCGGAAUUUUUGCCCUCAGACCAAAUUUCACCGCGCUUUUUGCCAAAUUUUUCAGAGGAAGGGCGCUCUUUUUCAUCUUAUAGAUCCACAGUUCUUGAUCCAUUCAAAACUCCUCGAAGAACACCUGUGGAAUUAAAAAAUGAUAGCGAUUUGGCGAUGAGGAGGAGACUUGCCGCUCUUUUGUUGGUGUAG